GGAGCUUUCUGAGCAGGGGGGAGGUGUAAAGGGUCUGUGAUGGGGGGUGUGUUAGAUGUCUGUUGUGGGGAGGCUCUGGUGUGAGAGGGAAUGGAGGGGCUUGCUGAUAACUGUGGUGGGGAGAUAAGGGGUGUGUGUGGUGGGGUCUAGGUUGGCUGUGUGGCAGUUGGGAGGCUGUGGUAUAUGAGGGGAUGAAGGGGCUUGCUGAUAACUGUGUGGUGGGGUGCAUGUUGGAUGUGUGCCAUGAGGGUGGGUAGGCUGUGGUGUGUGAGGGGAUGGGGGGAGGCUCCCUGAGCAGUGGUGGGAUGCAGAUUGGAUGUGUGCCAGGGGUAUUGGGAGGCUGUGAUCUGUGAGGGGAUGAAGGGGCUUGCUUAACACUGUGGGUGGGUGAGUGGGUAGGUAAGGGUCUGUGUGGCAGAGAUGCAAGUUGGAUGUGUAUCCAAGGGAUGGGUGGGCCUGCAUUACCACCUUCUCCGCCCAGUGCCAAGCACGUUGGCUCGGUUAACAUUUGUGACCUGUGGUCCCGGUAUCGUAAUUCCUAUGGCUGGAGCGCAGCUGAGACUGGACAGCUUCCUUCCCCCAAACACUGAUGAGGUCCAGCACCUCGCCAUUGCUCCGUACUGGGGAUCGCCUGGCGCAUGGAGGCAUGGUCAACUGAUGUCCUUGGUAGAUUUGGGAAAGAAGCUUUUAGAAGCUGCACGAGCAGGUCAAGAUGAUGAAGUUCGCAUUUUGAUGGCAAAUGGAGCACCUUUUACCACAGACUGGUUGGGAACAUCACCACUUCAUCUAGCAGCACAGUAUGGGCACUAUUCAACAACAGAAGUGUUACUUCGAGCUGGUGUAAGUCGGGAUGCGAGAACGAAAGUGGACAGAACUCCAUUACAUAUGGCAGCAUCUGAAGGCCAUGCAAACAUAGUAGAAGUCUUACUUAAGCAUGGUGCUGAUGUUAAUGCAAAGGACAUGCUAAAGAUGACUGCUCUUCACUGGGCUACAGAACACAAUCACCAGGAGGUGGUGGAGCUCUUAAUAAAAUAUGGAGCAGAUGUCCACACACAAAGUAAAUUUUGCAAAACUGCAUUAGAUAUUGCAAUAGACAAUGGGAAUGAAGAUGUAGCAGAAAUAUUACAGAUUGCAAUGCAGAACCAAAUCAAUACAAAUCCAGAGAGUCCUGACACUGUGACAAUACAUGCAGCUACACCACAGUUUAUCAUUGGACCUGGAGGGGUGGUGAACCUAACAGACGAGACGGGAGUAUCUGCUGUACAAUUCGGAAAUUCAUCAACAUCAGUAUUAGCUACAUUAGCAGCUUUAGCAGAAGCAUCUGCUCCUCUGUCCAACUCUUCGGAAACACCAGUUGUAGCAACAGAAGAAGUCGUGACUGCAGAAUCUGUGGAUGGUGCAAUUCAGCAAGUUGUCAGUUCUGGAGGUCAACAAGUUAUUACUAUAGUUACAGAUGGCAUUCAGCUUAGUAAUCUCCAUUCAAUUCCAACCAGUGGAAUAGGUCAGCCAAUCAUUGUGACCAUGCCAGAUGGACAGCAAGUAUUAACAGUACCAGCAACAGACAUUGCUGAAGAAACUGUGAUCAGUGAAGAACCACCAAUCAAGAGGCAGUGCAUUGAGAUUGUUGAAAAUCGUGUGGAAUCUGCAGAAAUAGAAGAGAGAGAAACUCUACAGAAACAGCUGGAUGAGGCAAAUCGAGAAGCACAAAAGUAUCGACAGCAGCUUCUAAAGAAAGAGCAAGAAGCAGAGGCCUAUCGGCAGAAAUUAGAGGCAAUGACCCGUCUCCAGACUAAUAAAGAAGCUGUUUAAAUAUUGAAAUGGACAUAUUGCAAAGUCUGUUACUUUCAGUCAAGAAAACUGCAGUACAAUCUUGAACUGUACACUGUAUAGGUACAGAAAUGGGAUUACACAAUAGCAAAGAUGCUACAGGUUGAUAACUGGACUUAAGCCAUGAGCUCUGAUGAAUUUCUUGUAACAUAAAAGCUGAAUUUAGAAAUUGUGAAAAGUAUUUAAAAUGAAAUACUGUAAAUAGUUGUUUUUUUUACAGUUCCAAAGUGAGUUGAUAAAUCUUUUUGAAGGGAUCCAGAAACACAAGAAGCCAAUGUUUUUGUGAAAUUUUGGAUUUUAGUAUAAAUCUAAUUUCUGAAAAACAGAACAGUUUUAAGGGUGAUGUUGCUGAUUAAGAUUGACAGUUUGAAAAUGAAUUAUGUGACAAAAUGAAUUAAUAGUUAUUCAUAUAAGGAACAACUUAGACCUGAUGAAAAUCUUUGUACAGCUUUAAGUAGUUGUCUUAGAUUUUCUGAAAACCCUUGUUUUAGAAAGUGAAAAUUUUAUAUUUAAUUUCCAAUAUAUCCAAGUAGAUUUACAUGUAUAUGAAGCUAAUAUUUUUUAAACUUUUCAGUUUGUACAUAUGCUGCAUGUUUUUAUAAUUUCUACUCACAUCUUGCAUAGAUAUUUUUCAGCAAAGAUGAGGGAAAUUGAGAGGAAAAAAUGUUUAGCCUAAAUGUCAUUUGAAGUAAGCUAGCAGCCAGUUUUAUUGUGAAUGGUAUAUUUCUUGGAAGAAUGUAAUUUGUAAAAAUAAAAAAAACCUUAAUUUACGUAAUACAGACAUUAUUUGAAAAUGCUGACAGUGGGGGGCAUUGAAACUUCACUUUUCUGUGUCUUAUAACUUUCAUGUGUAAACAUUUUUAAAGUACAGAAGUAUGAAAGACUGUCUCCACUGGAACCCACAUAGCAAUUCCUUUAAAAUAUUCUUAUUAAGCUGUUUCCCCAAUAAUCUGCAGAUUAUCUCAAGGACACAUUUUAUAAACAGACUUUUGCAUUUAAAUUAUGCACCUGGACCUGAAAGUUUGAUGUUGUUUUGGUGCUCUUGUUAUCUAUCAUCAUUGUGCUUCACUGUGAUAAAUGUGUCUGUCUGUGCAGUGAUCUGUACGAAUACUUAGCAUUUAUAUAGUGCUUUACAUCUUCAAAGUGUUGUAUAAUCAGUAAAGAAUUAAUCAUCACUAUGUCCCCUAUGGUAUGGACAUUAUUGUCCCCAUUUUACAACUGAUGUAAGUGUAACACAGAGAGGUUAAGUGAUUUGCCCAAGGCCACAUAAGUCAGUGGCAGACCCGGGAAUAGAACUCAGGAGUUCCUGGCUCCUAGUCCCGUCCUUAGGUCACGCUGCCUUAAGACUGUUCGAUGCCGUGUUACAUUCAACUUUGAACUAUUGUUCGGAUUCCUUUUUUGUAAAACAUAACUUGUCUUUUAUUUGUGCUUUGCUUUGUCUUUCCAUGUUUCACUGCUUUUAUGAUAUUGUUUAUAUAAACUUAAACAAAGUCUAGUUUACCUAUACUGUAUUCAAAGGCAUUGCCCUUAAAACUGUACUCUGGCCUACUUUUUCUAUUUUACAAUUAAAUAUCUUUUCCACA